CGCGACAAGUGCCCGCUUCGCGCUUAUCAGCGCCGCAUGAGGCCGCUGUAUAGUUAGAGUCGGUCGGCAUGCAUAUAAGUAUAGUAGCGAGACCGCGCCGCCCUUCUGCCUCUCGCCGUCAUCAUGCUGCUUGGACUCCCUGUUCUCCUCGCUGCCUCGGCUGCCCUGGCGUCGCCGCUCGCGUCCUUCGCGCCGCACCCCAUGGCGAGGGCCUCUGCGAAUGCGGAGGUCACAGUGCUCCCCGGGGGUGCUCUGCGCAAGUCGUUUCAGUCGCAGGUGGUGAACGACACGGCCAUCCGGUACGUGAAGGACUCCGGAAUCUGCGAGACGACGCCUGGUGUGGGGCAGAUGUCCGGCUACCUCGACAUCGGGGCCAACAUGUCCAUGUGGUUCUGGUUCUUUGAAGCACGCGAAUCGCCCGAGACGGCCCCGUUCACCUUGUGGAUUAACGGCGGCCCGGGGUGCUCUUCGAUGAUCGGGCUAUUCCAAGAAAACGGACCGUGCUUGGUCAACGAGGAUGGGAACAGCACGUCUAUCAACCCGUAUAGCUGGAACAACAUCAGCAAUGUCAUCUACAUAGACCAACCGAUCGGCACCGGCUUCUCCUACGGUGAUACGGACGCCGUGAACAGCACGUACACCGCCGCGCCCUUCUUCUGGCAGGCGUUUCAGGUGCUCUUCGAGAGCGAGGAAUUUGCGAAGUUUGAGAGUCGGGAAUUCGUCUUCGCUACCGAAUCCUACGGCGGCCACUACGGCCCCGCCUUCGUCUCCUACUUUGACCAGCAGAACGCGCAGAUUGAGGAUGGCUCGCUGAAUGCGGAGACGAUCAAUGUGACGGCGCUGAUGAUCAAUAACGGCUGGUACGACCCCCUCAUUCAGAACAAGGCCUACGUCGACUUCGCCUUCGAUGCGCCCGGUUACGGACCCCUCCAGAAUGAGUCGACGCUCAAGCAGCUCAAUGAGUCGUUCUAUCAGCCGGGCGGCUGUCAGGAUCUGCUGGAAGAGUGCUAUGCGGCCGGUGAAGAAGAGGCGGGCGACGUUUGUGGACGGGCGGAUGAGUUUUGUUACGCAAACGUCACCGCCCUCGCAGUCGGCGACCGCGACAUCAACGACCUCCGUCAAAACUCGUCGACGGAGAACCCGUUCCCGCCGCCGUACUAUGAGGAGUUUUUGACGCAAGACCACGUCCUGAACGCCAUCGGCGCCGAAUCGACGUACACCGAGUGCUCGGACCCGGUGUACUACGAGUUUUCGAAGACGGGUGAUGACGCCCGAACCCUCCUCCCCGCGCUCGCGGAGCUGGCGAACCUGGGGACGCCGAGGUUGUUGAUCUGGGCGGGUGAUGCGGAUAUCAACUGCAACUGGCUAGGCGGGCACGAGUCAGUGCUUUCGAUGAACUGGACCGGCGCCUCCACGCUCGCGGACACGCCCUUCACGAAUAUCACGGUCGGUGGCAGGGACGCGGCCGCGGUGCAGAACGUGGGCAAUUUCUCGUUCGCGCGCGUGUAUGGGGCGGGGCAUGAGGUGCCCGCCUUUCAGCCGCAAGCGGCAUUUGAGAUUUUCAGGCAGGUGGUGAAUGGGGAGCAGCUGCAUUCGGCGGAGUAAGCGCAUAGCCCUCUUCGCGAGUAGAGUGGCUGAGGGGAAUUUGACGACGAGUUUUACGAUUCAACAUGAUAAAUCGUCAUAAACAAUGAUGAUGUUACAUUCAGUGUACGGCACGUCAUAGGCAGGUAAGCGGUGUCCGUGAAGAUUGGAAAGUCCAUUGGAAAGUAGGGAGGGGAGGUGACCGUAAAGCGUGAGCAUAUUCACACCAAUCCAUGCGGUCGUAGGGGUCAGGCGUUUAGACUGGGUCCUCGAAGCACAGGCGAGGAGGCAGGGUGCUUGGCUUGCCAAACAGGUCCGGUUGCACGGUCGUGGGCUUCCCGAACAGCGUGAUGGGCUCGUACGGAGGCUAAGGGGAGGUUAGCGUCGAGGCAGAGAACAAGAGGGCAAGAAGAACCGUACCCUGCCGAACAAGUCAGGCUCGACGCCGUAGGGCUUGCCGAACAUAUCGGGUG